CUUUCCCCAGACGCUUUAAUCAUCCGUCUUUAAAACAGCCCCCAUCGUCUUGACCUGACAAACGCAACCCCCACCAGAGGAGACUAUUUGGAAUUUACCUUCCAGGUCUUGCUUUUUCUUAUUAAGGGCUUCUGGAUGACAAUGAUUCCGGUCCCCUAGCCGUUGCAGCUGUGGCAUUUAAUCCUCCGCCAUGCCGGACACGCAGUCGGGGUCUGCAGCGUUGUCGCGAUACCGUCCCAUCCUCUACCUCUUUACCGGUGUUGCAGCAGCCUAUGCCCUUGUCUAUAUUCACAAUCAUAUAUAUUCGCCCCAACCGUCCCAGUCUUCUCUCCGUCGCCGAAACGCUGUCCGCCGACACAGACGAAAUGAACCCGAUGAGACCGAGGCCGUCGAUUCCCCGUCGUACCGAGCAAUCACCCACCUCGAGCAGCUAGAACAACAGAAUGGGGUAUAUGGCACAUUUCGUAUAGAGACUGAAGAUGGAAGGCGGGUGGAAAGUGGUUUACUCCCGUCGUUGCUGGCGACUCGGGAUCAACUGAUGGAGGAAGUCGGCGUCCCGCAAGCUCAUGCGGAACGGAUGCGUGAGAUGAUGGAAGAUACAUUCUUGGAGUCAUUCCUGGCGCUGGAUUUCCCGCCAACACAUGCUUUGCUUGAAGGGAGCUCGGAGAGGGAGUAUUUGAUGGAGCAGCUCCAGCGACGUGGUAUCUCCCGUGCUGGGAUCGAGAGAGCGCUAGUGCGAUUCAACGAGGACAUCAACUACGGAGAGGAGCUACGACGACGUCGGCAGAAUGGCGAACGAGUAACACUGUCUACUUCGACUUUUCCCGAUGUCUCGGCGCCAGCACAGAAUUUGGAUGGUGGCGAGACGGUGGUUGAUGACCAGAGUGUCUUUUCUUGGCGUGAUGGAAAUAAUGAUUCUUCUCCUACAAGGGAAGGCCAGAACCUGUUGAACCUACUAUAUCACAUCGCAGAGGACCAGGCCAGACGAGAUGGGUAUAUCCACAGAGGAGUGACGUGCAACAGCUGUGGUGCCAUGCCCAUACAGGGUAUCCGGUACAGAUGCGCAAACUGUAUUGAUUAUGAUCUCUGUGAGACGUGCGAGGCGAUGCAGGUACACAUCAAGACUCACCUUUUCUACAAAGUACGUAUUCCGGCUCCCUUCCUGGGUAACCCUCGACAGUCCCAGCCUGUCUGGUAUCCAGGGAAGCCAGCCAUGUUGCCUCGCAGUCUGCCGCGAAACCUGGCCAAACGUUUGAUGAAGGAUACAAACUUUGAAAACACUGAACUUGACGCCCUAUGGGACCAAUUCCGCUGCCUGGCCAACUAUGAGUGGGCAGAUGAUCCGAACAAGCUGUGCAUGGCCAUUGACAGAAAGACGUUUGACCGGUGCUUUGUACCCCACACCUCCUUCCGCCCGCCACCACCGAGUCUUAUCUAUGACCGGAUGUUUGCAUUCUACGAUACGAACAACGAUGAUCUUAUUGGAUUCGAAGAAUUUCUGAAGGGCCUGGCAAGCCUCAACAACAAGAGUAAUGACGAGCGAUUGCGGCGCGUAUUCCGUGGCUACGACAUUGAUGCAGACGGCUAUGUGGAGCGCAAAGAUUUCCUACGAGUGUUCCGGGCAUACUAUGCUCUCAGUCGAGAACUGACAAGGGACAUGGUUGCAGGCAUGGAGGAUGACUUCUUGGAGGGUGGUGCACGAGAUGUUGUCCUUGGGGGGCAGCCUAUCAGCUCAGCAUUUCCUGGUAGUAUCCCUUCGGGGGAGACAUCGAGAAUCGGCGAAGGCAAGCGCAUCAACAGAGGAGGCGACAUGGAAAUUGUUGACCAUGAAGGCGUAUUACGACAUGAUGGUGCCGAUAUUGGUGACCGUCACGCCGUCAUUGGUGAUGCCGCCGUCCGAGGUCAAUUUGGACGCGUGCGACCAAUGUUCCCAUCGACUAUCCGUUUACCUGUUGCAGACCCUGGGCCCCCACCGCCAGGCUUCGGUGGUGGUCAAAUGGAUGCAGAGGAAAAUGACGAAGACGAGGACGAAGACGCUAGUGAUUCUGACGAGGACGCAUCCAGUUCAUCAGUUGCCAGUGACCACUGGCCUCCUGCCGAACAUAUCCUCGAGGAAGACGUUGUAAACGCCCUCGGAGCUCCUGUUCCUCUUCAAGAAGUGACGGACGCCGUGGAUAGAGCUCGGAUUGGGACGGCUGUGUAUCACAGGAUGCGGGAUGACGACCAAAGACGAGUGGACGAGACUCGCAGAUAUGGAAUUGAUGAACGCUGGCGACGAAGAGCAUUCUAUACCGACGAAGAAGAUGGUGCAAUUGCCCCCGAGGGCUAUCGCAGAGAUCCCGGUGUUGAUGACCUAAGUGACGAAGAUGAUGCUUUUGACGACCACCAGCACUUCCUGGAGUCACAUCCACCCUCUCCUCGUUCUCGCUCUUCUUCCAAGGUGCGAUUCCAAGACGAUUUAACCGACGAAUAUGAGGUGAGGUCAACCACCUCGUCUCGUAGCAUUCCUGUCGGCGAGAGGUGGGGUGGUUUCGAGGUUCCAGAGGUCGAAAGGGACGUAGGAAAAGAGAUUCUCUACCAAGUCACACAGCAGGGUUUCAACGAACUUCUCGAUAUUUUGUUCAAGCCAAAGGAAGAUCUCCUGAUGGAGGUAUACCGAACACGCACUGAGCGCAAGAUCUGGGCUCACGAAAUCGAAAUCGUUGAACAGAUGGAUCCACGAAAACGCCCUGAAGGCCAUGCCAUGGACGAUGAAGCGGAUAGACAAGAUGAUGGGUCGAUGGAGAAUCCGUACGGAACGGACAACAAAUCGCUCGAAGAGCUCCUGGAAAGAACAGGCUACUCAGUCACAAGUCCGCCUCUGCGGCCCACCACUCAAACUGGCCCUUUUUUUGGUCCUCCUCCCCCUUUCGCACUCAGAGCACCUGACGUCGAUGUGCAACCGACCCACCUUGCUUACCCUGAAGAGGAGGACGAUCAGGAAGAUGAGCAGGAGGACGAGCAGGAGGACGAACAAGAUGAUUUUGCUUUGUCCCAGAACCAACCAGAGGACGGAUUUCAUGUCGAGCCCGCUGCCCUUCGCCCCUUCACCCCAGAACGUCAGACAGCCCAGGAGGGCGAUAUAACCCCAGACUUCGAUCCCACACUGCCACACCAUCGUCCAAGCGAGGAGACACCACGCCCAGCCUGUAACUACUCGUCCCAGAAUGAACCGCCUGUCCUAACCGGUCACCUAGCGGAAGACACUCCAUCCUCAUCAUACUCGGACGAUUCCCCCACAACCUCAGAAUUCCAGCAACACACCCUCCCUCUCCAACUCCGUCUCCAUCCUCAUGGCACAACCUCUUUCCCAGCACCUCCUUCUCUUCCCUCCUCCUCUCCCGAGGCCGAAGCUACCGCCCCCAAGCUUCCACCCUCGCCUAUCCAACCUCUCCCCCCAGCUCCAUCCGCAACUAACCUGCCGCAAGAAGCUCCCGUCUGUCGACCAACAACGCGCACUCUCGCACGAUGGGCAUAUUUGAACCACGUCGAGCAGGAAGCCAAGGAACGCGGCGGUACAGGUGCCAAACUCAACUUUGAGGAAUUCUCCCGGCGAAUGGCAGCGGACCGCGGACGGAGGUUGGCCUUUGUGGCUAGCUGGAUUGAGAUGGCCAGUUUUUAGAUGAACCUUUUUACCUAUCCCUAGUUACAUACUUUUUUUUUUUUUUUU